GCAUUGUAUUCGUAAUCAAAGGGACGCAAUCCAUGACAACAAAGGGCGGGUAACUCUAAACUGCCACCUCACUGGGAAUAUGUCAGGAAGGCGUGUGGGGAAGUUUAAAGAGUUAAGUUACGGGUGUGAUGGAACUAAGACAGGAUGCCACCCUAUCGGUCGCAGCGGCCAUUCCAUGGUGGCCGAUGAUGCCGAUAUUUAUGUAUUUGGUGGAUACAAUCCACGUGGAUGCUUGCGAGAAAACAUCGAAUCCGCGUGUGUGCUCGUGGAGUUAUGGAAAUUCAACUUCGCCACCUGGAAAUGGACGAAUUUAACAUCCCCUGGAGUGCCAGACACGUGCGCCAGUUCAUGCAUGGUCUUGAGAGGGAGGAAGUUGUUUGUGUACGGGGGCACAGGAUUUCCUUUUGGUGAGAUGAUGAGCAAUACUGUCAAAGUAUGCGAGUGUAGUCUCGGACUUCAACACAGGAGCUAUUGGUAUCUUCUGGAAACCAACCCAAAUGUGUAUAACUGUUUAGAUCUAGGUGACAACAUGCCCCCGAGAGCCUAUGGACAAAGUCUCAUAUUCCACGAAGAUAGUUUAUACACGUUUGGGGGCGCGGUUGGAUUUUAUGACGAGGCUGUCAACGAUCUUCACCGUCUCAACUGUCGGACAUUAAUUUGGGAAAAGUUGUCACCGUCAGGCGAUAUUCCCUCAGGGCGGUAUAAACAGGAGGUGGCGUUAUACAGAGGAAGGUUUUUCGUUUUCGGAGGAGGACGGCUCCAUUUUACAGAAGAGCUCAAAAGCAUAUUCGCCUACGACGUGACUGCAAACAGGUGGGAGGAAAUCAGAACAGCCCGUGAUCCAUUACAAGGUUACCCCGCCGCAAGAUGCAGUUUUGGCUUGGUGCAGAUCGGAUGUUGGGUUUAUAUCUGCGGGGGGCGGUUUUACAUAGACACGGUGCCGCACGUGGGGCUCACGGACAUAUGGAAAAUAUCCCUAGAAUCUUUUCAGUGGUGUCGAGUACCCGUCGUUCUUCCCGAGAAGUUGUAUUUCCAUCGUGCAGUUGUCUCCCCUUCAUAUCAUCUAUACGUGUAUGGUGGCGUGACGGACGGUGGGGUCAGGUCAUCGCGCAUGUUCAGAUGGAGAAUCCCGUAUCAUGUGCCAAAGCUGAAAGAGCUGUCGUGGGAGACGGUGUCAACACACUUCAGGGCCCUGGACAGAUUACCCAAGGAGACUCUGGAGAUGACAUAUGGUAUUCCACGACAAUAUGUUGACCGAAUUUCAUAAAAUCAUAGCAAAUACAGUCAAACACGAUUGUGUCGAACUUGGAUGUGCCGAUCUUACUGUUGUUGCAUUUAGUCAUCAUUUUACGGUUGUGUCGAACAUCGGGUGGCACGAAGUAUUGACAUAGGCCCUUUUAACAUCGACACAACAUUAACUGUGGUAACAUUCGCGUCUAAACGCCGUGCCUUUCAACGAGAACACGUCCAAGUCUGUCUUGAAAUCAAACAUCGACCUGAAAACAUCAAU